ACUUGGCCAGGAUAAGGACAAAGUUUCAUUUGAACUUCCAACCAGUCAGAGAGCACAGAACGUGCAUCCAAAAUUCUCAAGUUUGUAUUGAGAAGACGACCUAAGGAGGACAACUACUACUACAUUAUCAAUAGCUCACUGAUAAAGGGUGUCAGGACCUGAAAACCAGCCCAGAGAAAGAAAGAGACUAUAAGAGAACCAGGACAGGACGUGGAUAGCACACUUCUCGUUGCUGUUUGCACAGACCAAGGGAGCAUCCGUAUUUUCUCACGUCAGAAUUUGUCAUCAUCUUUCUGGUUACCGUGACAGGUGCCUAUUCUGAUUGGCUAUUAUGCACCGCUUAAGGACUACGGUUGCAAGGCUACGGCCAAUCCCUGCCUCCCGGAGUGUCCAGAGCCUAUCACACAUCAGGCCUGUGGCAGUGGGAGGUGCUUUGGGGACUUUUCAGCCAAUGAGGCACCUGAAUGCGCCGGUGGCUGCCGAGCCGUUUCUAAACGGGACAAGUUCUAACUAUGUCGAGGAGAUGUACUUUUCUUGGUUAGAGAACCCCAGGAGUGUACACAAGUCCUGGGAUAUCUUUUUCCGCAACGCCAAUGCUGGGGCUCCGCCGGGCGCAGCCUAUCAGAGCCCCCCUCCUCUGGGGGGUCUUGCUCAGGGAUUGGCUCAUGCCAAAGCCCUUGUUGGGGCACAACCUAACGUGGAGAAACUUGUGGAGGACCACUUGGCUGUGCAGUCGCUCAUACGAGCAUACCAGGUACGGGGGCACCAUAUAGCCAAGUUGGACCCCCUGGACAUCAGCUGUGUAGACUUUGAUGAUGCCCCCGUUACAGUGGGCUUCCAAAAUAUCCGGGGUCACCAUGUGGCUCAGCUGGACCCUCUGGGCAUCAUGGCUUCCGACCUGGAGCCCACCCCCUCUGACAUCAUCACCUCCAACGAUAAGCUGGACAUUUCUGUAUACAAAGACCGUCUUUAUGAUCUCACUGCUGAAGGCUUCUACGGCCUGGACGAGUCCGACCUGGACCAGGUGUUUCGGCUCCCCACCACCACGUUCAUCGGGGGCAGCGAGAGUGCUCUGCCUCUCCGAGAGAUCAUUCGGCGCCUUGAGAUGGCAUACUGCCAGCACAUCGGGGUGGAGUUCAUGUUCAUUAAUGACUUGGACCAGUGCCAGUGGAUCAGACAGAAGUUCGAGAGGCCCGGAGUCAUGCAUUUCACCCUUGAGGAAAAGAGGACCCUGCUGGCUCGGAUGGUUCGCUCCACCAGGUUCGAGGAGUUCCUCCAGAGGAAGUGGUCAUCAGAGAAGCGCUUUGGCCUGGAGGGCUGCGAGUCGCUCAUUCCCGCACUGAAGACCAUCAUCGACAAGUCGAGCGCAAGCGGGGUGGAGAGCGUCAUCAUGGGCAUGCCCCACAGGGGGAGGUUGAACGUGUUGGCUAACGUGAUCCGCAAGGAGCUGGAGCAGAUAUUUUGUCAGUUCGACUCCAAGCUGGAGGCAGCCGACGAGGGCUCCGGAGAUGUCAAGUACCAUCUGGGGACGUUCCACCACCGGCUCAACAGGGUCACGGACAGGAACAUCACGCUGUCGCUCAUGGCUAACCCCUCCCACCUGGAGGCGGUGGACCCAGUCGUGCAGGGCAAGACCAAGGCAGAGCAGUUCUACUGUGGAGACACAGAGGGGAAAAGGGUGAUGGCUCUCCUUCUCCAUGGCGAUGCAGCAUUUGCCGGUCAGGGUAUCGUCUAUGAAACGUUCCACCUGUCCGACCUGCCCUCCUACACCACGCAUGGCACGAUACAUGUUGUGGUUAAUAACCAGAUCGGGUUCACGACAGACCCCCGCAUGGCACGCUCGUCUCCAUACCCGACAGACGUGGCCCGGGUGGUCAACGCCCCCAUCUUCCACGUGAACGCCGACGACCCCGAGGCCGUCAUGUACGUGUGCAACGUGGCGGCCGAGUGGAGGAACACUUUUCACAAAGACGUGGUCGUCGACCUGGUGUGUUACAGGCGCAACGGCCACAACGAGAUGGACGAGCCCAUGUUCACCCAGCCGCUCAUGUACAAGCAGAUCAAGAAGCAGAAGGGCGUCCUGCAGAAGUACGCCGAGAAGCUCAUCGCCGAGGGUGCGGUCACCAGGCAGGAGUACGAGGAGGAGAUUGCGAAGUACAACAAGAUCUGCGAGGAGGCGUACGCUCGCUCCAAAGACGAAAAGAUUCUCCACAUCAAGCACUGGCUGGACUCUCCCUGGCCAGGUUUCUUCACGUCGGACGGUCAGCCUAAGAGCAUGAACAGCCCGUCCACAGGGCUCACUAAAGAGGAGCUCAACCACAUCGGAAACAUCGCUUCCUCCGUCCCCAUGGAAGACUUCACUAUACACGGAGGACUGAGUCGUAUCCUCAAGGGCCGUGCGACGAUGGUCAGCCAACGUGUGUGUGACUGGGCGCUGGGGGAGUACAUGGCCUUCGGAUCACUGCUUAAAGAAGGGACACACGUCCGACUCAGUGGCCAAGACGUGGAGAGAGGCACUUUCAGCCACAGGCACCACGUUCUCCACGAUCAGAACGUCGACAAGAGGAUCUGCAUCCCGAUGAACCACAUCUCUGACAACCAGGCCCCCUACACGGUCUGCAACAGCUCUCUGUCAGAAUACGGAGUACUGGGUUUCGAGCUGGGCUUUGCGAUGGCCAGUCCCAAUGCAUUGGUUCUGUGGGAAGCUCAGUUUGGGGACUUCCACAACACGGCCCAGUGCAUCAUAGACCAGUUCAUAAGCCCGGGCCAAGCCAAGUGGGUCAGGCAGAAUGGUAUUGUCCUACUGCUCCCCCACGGGAUGGAGGGAAUGGGACCAGAACACUCCUCAGCCCGUCCAGAGAGGUUCCUGCAGAUGUGCAAUGAUGACCCAGAUGUCUUCCCUAAACUGUCUGGGGAGGACUUUGCCGUGCGUCAGUUGUAUGACUGUAACUGGAUUGUGGUUAACUGCUCCAAUCCGGCCAACUACUUCCAUGUGCUACGCAGACAGAUCCUGCAGCCCUUCAGGAAACCUCUGAUUAUCUUCACCCCCAAGUCACUGCUCCGCCACCCGGAGGCCAAGUCCAGCUUUGACGAGAUGCUGCCAGGUACACACUUUCAGCGAAUUAUCCCAGAGACUGGCGUGGCAUCUGCCAGCCCCGAGGGGGUGAAGAGGGUGGUUUUCUGUACCGGCAAGGUGUACUAUGAACUGACCCGCGAGCGCAAGAACAGGGGCAUGGAGGCCACAGUCGCCAUCACUCGCGUUGAGCAGCUGUCACCAUUCCCAUUUGACCUUGUCAAAGCCGAAACAGACCGCUAUCCCAACGCCGACCUGGUCUGGUGCCAAGAGGAGCACAAGAACCAGGGUUACUACGAUUAUGUCAAGCCCCGCAUCCGAACCACCAUCAACCACGCCCGUCCCGUUUGGUACGCUGGCCGCGACCCUGCGGCUGCUCCAGCCACUGGAAACAAACAGGCCCACCUCCUGGAACUGCAGCGCUUCCUGGACACAGCGUUCAACCUGGAAGCAUUCGCUGGACAGCAGUGACAGCCAGUAUAACCACUAGCACACCGUCGUCGUCCCCCAUGACCCCCCCCCCCCCCCCUCGCAACCAGGAGACCUCACAGGACUGCCCCCCCAACCCCUGCUAUCAACAGCUCGUCGUCCUGAUAUCCUACAAUGCGCACACUCUGGCUGGUUGUCAGUACUCUGGAACUUUGGUUUUGUUCUACCACGGAGGGCACAUGUCCACAGGAAGGUGGGACAAAAUAGCCAUCGGUAUGAAGUGGAACAUAGUCUAUCCGCCCAUCCUCCUCUUCUCCUGCUCUCAACCUUCAUCAACAUCCGUCCGUUCUGCCACCCUCCUUUCUUUUGUUUGCUCCAUCACCCACUCACUUACCUUGCACCCCCCCCCUUCCCCACCCGUGCCAAACAUAAACAAACCGUCAGGAAGUUACUUGAAAUAUAUCCUAAGGGUUAUUGAUAACUCAUCCGCUUCAGUGGUAACUUAUAGAAAGCGGAUAUGAAAUGAUGGUAUGCUGCAGGAUGAGGUGAAACAUUUAUUUAUUUUUGUAUCAUUGUAUGUCGUUUUACUCUUUGCUCAUGAAUAAAGACGAGAGUUCCUGUG